UAAGUUUUGCUUACAGCAGUACUGUUGUAAAAUUUACCACACCGGUUUUAAUAGUCGACACAUACUGUUGUAAAAAUACUCCACACAUACUAGCCUAUACAGCCGUGAAUUGUACUCUACCAGUUUAAAAGAGUCCCAGCUGCCAAGCAGACUUCUUGAUAAAAUAUGAAGAUUAUUUGUAGUGGAAUGUCCAAAACGGGGACAAAAACCGUGUGUCAAGCUCUUAGAAUCCUCGGGUAUGAAGUGUACGACUUCGAAGAGCAGUUCUGGUACCUCGGAGACAGGUUAAUCAAGUGUUUAGAUGAGGGUUGGACAGACGAUGAUCUUCGAGAAAUGUUCAAAGACGUCGACGCGUUCACUGAUAUCCCAUCUUGCCUUCUAUGGGAAGAUAUAUCAAGAGUUUUUCCAGACGCGAAGAUCAUUCAUAUGGAACGAAACAACGAAGACGAAUGGGCACGUAGCUUUAAAAACCAACUGGAGAAGAUUUACUACAAUCGAAUCUUGAGGACACUUCUACUUUUAUCGCCUACUGGAACCAAACUGCGUCGUUACUACUCUGCAUGCAACCGAGUUCAAGCAUCAUGCCAAACGCUAAUGCCAUGGAAAAACAUCCCGAUCAACAUACCGCUGGCAAGAAUGAGAUAUAGGAUGCACAAUGUUAACGUUCGGCAGUCCGCGUCGGUUCCAAAAGACAGGAUCCAUUUCUUGAAGCAUUCAGAGGGCUGGAAACCGCUUUGCGCCUUCUUAGGCGUUUUAGUGCCCGACACACCUUAUCCACACCGAAAUAAAGGGGGAGAGAUCAUACAGCAAUUAAUGGAUCGAUCUUACGUUUUUGUUCAAAUCAAGAAAGAAGUUAUAUUCAGUUUGUCGCUGAUUGUGGUCGCUUUGGGUUUUCUUGUGUAUUUUAGACACUUGCUGUUUUAAAUGAACACAUAUCGGCCUAUACCCUAUACAUAAAUAUACAAAUAUUACAAAACACAUGUACUAGGGUGGGUAAAAUGAGACACUUUUUUAUUCUAGUUUCUUUUCCAAUUUGGUAGUAAACAAAUAACAUUCCAAGAAUUAUAAAACCAUAUUAUCCUCACGACACUAAAACAGCGUUGUAAAUUGGUUAAAACAGUUUCAUUGGAAUAUUAUGUGCUAAAAGUCUCCAAUCUCCCCCCACCCUACUAUAUUUCACAUUUUUAUGAUUCUAUACGAAGAAGGCAACACAUAAACAAAUAAACAAGUUAGAUUCUUUCAUUUAUUUAUAAAAUAUUAAACACAAGUACUGUAAAUGACGAAGAGGUUUGCUUAGUAACCGGUGGUGGGUAAAUGGGUUUAAAUUCCAAAAUAGAACCGGGCAGUAAACUGAAUACCUUUAUACGCUUCAAAGUAUUCAUACAUGAGGUCAAGCAAAUAGUUCAUUAAAAUAUAACGAUUGCCUAAAACUGCUUGCCACAAGUAGUAAAUUUUACACAAAGACAUUGGUCAUUUUUAUGACUGCCGUGCUUUGCGAUCUGCAACCGAAGUACAGUAACAGUAAUAGUCAGUGUUAAUGCCAAUUUUUGAACUACUUUAAACGAUAUAUUGUAUAUAGUCGUAGGAUUUCUAGGUUAAAACAAAAUAAUACCGAUUUUAAAGCACCUACAUCGUUCAUUGCAGUGGCUGUACAGAGUAGUAAUAUGAAGGUUAUUAUGACUGGAAUGCCGAAGACUGGCACCAAAACCAUGUGUUCUGCCUUGCGGAUUUUAGGCUACAAAGUCUAUGAUUACAGAGAGCAGUUCUGGUAUCUUGGUCCAGAGUUUCUAAAAGCGGUAAACGAAGGUUGUACGACCGAAGAAAUUCGUGAAAUGCUGCAGGACGUCGACGCUGUCACUGACAUGCCCGCUUGCAUUCUGUGGGAAGAAAUACUCAGAGCUUUUCCAGGUGCUAAGCUAAUUCACAUGGAAAGAGCUACAGAAGAUGAAUGGGAUAAGAGUUGGAAAAAACAGCUAGAUAAGAUUGGAUCUCGUAUUAUAGUCCGCAUUUUACUACCUCUAACACCAACGGGGCGUAGACUUGCAACAUUUUUUACUGAUGCAGUUCGUGCAUGUUUUAGUUUACAAACAAGGUUGUUGGAUGUACCUCGUCACAACACAACCAUCUGCAAGAUACGGUACAGAGAACACAACUCCCACGUAAAAAUGGCGGCACCAAAAGGUCAAAUCAUCUACUUCGAACACAGCGAUGGAUGGGAACCUCUUUGUAAAUUCCUGGGUGUUUCCGUACCCUCUGUGCCUUACCCUCAUAGAAACAAAGGCGGUGAAAUUAUUGACGAAUUCGUUAAAGAAUCGUUCAUCUUUAAACAAAUCAAGAAAGAAUUUAGUUACAUCGCUGCUAUAGCAGUGGCACUUUUAGCAAUUACUUUUUUUUGUGUUUUUAUAUGAUAUUGUUGUUUUAUUUUUAAAAUAGUAGAUAUUAAUUCGUGUAUAAAUAGUAUUUGUUUUAAAAAAUGGAUAUAGCCUACAUUUUCACUUCAUCUCGUCUACUUUUAAUUACAGACACUAUAAUUUUAUAGUUUAUCAUACUUAUUGUAUAUUUAACUUAAUUUGCUUCGGUUG